AGAUGUUGAUGUUCAUCAAACUGCCAAAUCAACAAAUAGUUUAACAAUGCACAACUACUUACAACAUAAUGCAAUUCUGUCUUUUCUUCCUCAUAAACGACAUUAGCAGCCAGCAAACUAACUAGAUUUUGCAACACAACAAUGAUAAGCGGAGAUAGCCAUUCUCAAGCUAAAGUAUAUAAACACUUGUAUCUUAGAUACUCUAACUACAUUGCAUUACCUCGGAAUCCAAGCAUAAUGGCGAAUUCAACAGUUUUGUACAUGUUGCUGCUUGCGGCCCUGGUGCUCAACUGCCACUGUGAUGAGCGGAAGCUACACGUCGUGUACAUGGGGGAUCGGCCUCAAGACGAUGCAUCCGUUGCAUCCACGCAUCAUACCAUACUGCAGAGUGUACUAGGAAGUGCUUCAUCAGCAAAGGAUUCACUUGUCCACAGUUAUGGAAGAAGUUUCAAUGGAUUUGCAGCCAAGCUUAGUGAGGAAGAAGCUACAACCAUUGCAGAGAUGGAGGGAGUGGUCUCUGUAUUCCAAAAUCGCAAGCUAAACCUUCACACGACGCGAUCAUGGGACUUCAUGGGAUUCAGCAAAGGCGAACUUGGACCUGGCCAGGAAGGAAAUAUCAUCAUUGGAUUCAUAGACACCGGAGCCUGGCCGGAGCAUCCUAGCUUCAACGACACAGGGUAUGGCCCUCCACCAGCUAAGUGGAAAGGAACGUGCCAAACAAAAAAUUUCACCUGCAACAACAAGCUCAUUGGUGCGCGCUACUACAACAGUGAAGAUAACUAUGAAGAUGGUGACAUCCCAUCCCCAAGAGACACUCUAGGGCACGGCACCCACACGGCCUCAACAGCUGCUGGUAAUGAGUUAGCUGGAACGAGCUUUCUCGGAUUAGCAGAGGGCCUAGCAAGGGGAGGAGUUCCAAAUGCAAGAAUAGCAGUGUACAAAGUCUGCUGGGUGAGUGACUGUGGCGAUGCAGACAUCCUGAAAGCCUUUGACGAUGCAAUUGCAGAUGGAGUUGAUGUGCUAUCAGUUUCCUUGGGCUAUACUGGGAUUUCUGAUUACUUUGAAGACUCCAUAGCAAUCGGAACUUUCCACGCCAUGAGAAAUGGGAUCUUGACCUCGUGUUCAGCUGGAAACGCAGGCCCUGAUCCUGUUUCACUCUCCAACUACGCACCUUGGAUACUCACUGUUGCUGCAAGCACCAUUGACAGAAAAUUUAUUUCUAACUUAGUACUUGGCAAUGGAGAAACCUUGACAGGAAUCGCGGUUAAUAGCUUUGAUCUCAAUGGAACAUCCUAUCCUUUGAUGUGGGGAGGAGAUGCUGUGAACUAUACCUUUGGUUAUAGUCCAGCUUAUGCUUCAACAUGUGAUGAAGAAGCGAUGAAUCAUGCCAUGAUACCGGGGAAGAUAGUGAUGUGUGAAGGUUACCGGCAGGAUGGCUCCACCAUUCUUCUGUCCAAUGGCGUUGGAAGUGUUAUAGUGGGUCAGGAUGAGAUCAAUCCUGACUACGCCUUCACCUAUCCGUUACCAGCAACACUGAUAAGCCCAGAAGACGCCAAGAAGGUUAUGGCCUACAUAAGAUCCACUAUAAACCCCGUGGCGACCAUCCUGGUUGGGGAGACCUGGAAAGAUGCUGUUGCUCCAAGGGUGGUUUCGUUUUCUUCAAGAGGACCUAGCCCUAUUAGCCCAGAUAUUUUGAAGCCUGAUGUUACUGGCCCCGGUGUGAACAUCCUCGCCGGGUGGUCCCCACUUGCUUCACCUUCAAUGUACGACGGAGACACCAGAAGCGUCUACUUCAAACUAGUCUCGGGUACGUCCAUGGCAUGCCCCCACGCGAGUGCCACUGCAGCCUAUGUUAAAGCAGCACAUCCUGAUUGGUCUCCUGCUUCCAUCAAGUCUGCAAUCAUGACAACAGCUUACGUUAUGGAUCCAAGACUCGAGACUAGCCUUGAAUUUGCCUACGGCUCCGGACACAUAAACCCUAACGCGACAUUGGAUCCGGGGCUAGUCUUCAACGCAUCCGAAGCAGAUUACAUCAACUUCCUCUGCAAGCAGGGCUACAACACUACCACACUAAGACUAGUCACAGGAGACAACAGCACCUGCACCAGCACGACCCCUGGAAGGGCGUGGGAUCUUAACUACCCGUCAUUCUCACUCUACGUGGAAGACGGGCAGCAGAUCAUAGGAACCUUCACUAGAACAGUGACGAACGUGGGUGCAACAAACUCAACCUACACUGCCAGCAUGUACAUGCCGCCACUGAUCAAUGUCAAAGUGGAGCCCUCAGUCCUCACAUUUUCGUCUACUGAAGAGACACAGACGUUCACGGUGACUGUCACCGGACCUGCUAUUACGCAGCAACCAAUCAUGUCGGGCGCCAUCAUGUGGAGUGAUGGAAUUCAUUCGGUCAGGACACCUCUCGUGGUGUACAACUACUACCCUGGGGCUCCUUACACUACAGAUUUUGAGAAUUCUAUCACCAUGGAGGAAAAGAGAGAUAAGUUGAAGGGUUCUUUCAAGCAUCAUAGGAAUGGAAUGCUCUGAUUUAAGCCUCUCGUUUCAACUUUUCUCUAUACUGAUACAAAGAGAAAAAAAUAAAAAUUUCAAAAUAAGAUGGUUAAGUUCAUUCUUGAGCAACAAAAAAGAAUUGCUAAAAUCAUGUAAUAACAUAAUUUGUUGCUCAGAAAACACAU